AUGGCACCACCAAACACUAACCCUAGCAGCAACGAUUCCACCGAAAACUUUCCGAAUGAUAUCACAAUUGAUAUACUCAUAAAACUUCCAGUGAAAUCACUUAUAAGGUCCAAACGUGUUUGCAAAUCAUGGUAUUCUUUAAUUCAAGAUGGAGAAUUCAUCAAGCAGUACUAUGAUCCUCACAAAAAUUGUCAAAAGUACUUUAUGGCUUCUUCUGCCAGCCACAAGAUGAACCAAUUGGAUAUCUACCACUACACCAUGGACACCGUCCGACAUGAUUCCAGUAGUACUGCCUCUCUUCUUGAGUCUCCAGUUCCAAUUGAUGAUCAACUACGAAUGGGCACUGGCAUAGACUACAAAAUACUUAGAGUAGGACCUAGAACUGCUAACAGUAACAUGAAAGACAUGGUGAUUGAUAUAUUUUCAACGGAAAGUAACAUAUGGAAAGCGAUCGACUCUUUUCCUCCAAAUUGUCAUUAUUUCUAUUAUAGGAACAUAGUUAUGGCAGAUGGGAUUGUUUAUAUAAUGCAGAUGAGGGAAAAUAGGCUUAAUCGUACUAUAUUAUGUUUUCGUAUGGAGAAGGAACAAUUUCAGGACGAAUUAUUGCUGCCGCAUAUUACUGAAGGGGCAGCUCCUGUUUUGUGUGGUGUAGGAGAAAAACUUGGUUUGAUUAUGAUAAUAUUUAGAGAUAAUAGUGGAGCUCUAGAAUAUUUGUUGUAUAGUAUGAAAACAAAUUCAUGGAAUAAGAUAUUAACAAUUUCAUGUCCUAACAAUAUUAGUUUGAGACAUCUGAGUUUUAUGAAGGAUAGAGAAGUGUUGUUUCGCAAGUACAAUAACUCUGGUGGAUUCGUGGCUUACAAUUCAACAACACAAAAGUUGGAACAAGUUAAUGUUGCUGGGAUUGAGAAAGGACUUCACUUCAGUAAAUUUGUUACUUAUGAGGAGUCUUUGUCCUCUCCUAAUUCCUAG